GAAGCUUCUGCCCCACUAGCCCGGGCGCCCCCGCACCGCAGUAACAUCGCGGCGGUCCCCAGGCGCCUAGGUCAUGAAACCUUAGACCAUGUCGAAACGCGACAUCGUCCUCACCAAUGUCACCGUUGUCCAGCUGCUGCGACAGCCAUGCCGGGUGACCAGAGAACCACCCCCUCCAGAGCCCAAGGUUGAAGCCGAGCCAGAGCCCCAGCCUGAGGCCGAGCCAGAGCCCCAGCCUGAGCCAGAGCCUGAGCCAGUCAAGGAGGAACCCCCACCUCCUCAACCUAAGAAGCCUUCUGUGGUUCAGAAGCUGACAGUGGGCAUCAAUGGAUUCGGACGCAUCGGUCGCCUGGUGCUCCGCGCCUGCAUGGAGAAGGAUGUGAAGGUGGUGGCGGUGAAUGAUCCGUUCAUUGACCCGGAAUACAUGGUGUACAUGUUUAAAUAUGACUCCACCCAUGGUCAGUACAAGGGGAGUGUGGAGUACAGGAAUGGAAAGCUGGUGGUAGACAAGCAGGAGAUCAGCGUCUUCCAGUGCAUGCAGCCCCGAGACAUUCCCUGGAAGUCCGUCGGGAACCCCUUUGUGGUGGAGUCCACAGGCGUGUACCUGUCCUUAGAGGAAGCUUCAGACCACAUCGAGGCAGGUGCCACACGUGUGGUCAUCUCUGCGCCCUCACCCAAUGCGCCCACAUUUGUCAUGGGGGUAAAUGAGAAGGACUAUGAUCCUGGCUCCAUGAAAGUUGUCAGCAAUGCCUCCUGCACCACCAACUGCCUGGCCCCCCUUGCCAAGGUCAUCCAUGAGCAAUUCGGGAUCGUGGAAGGGCUGAUGACCACAGUUCAUUCCUACACUGCCACCCAGAAGACGGUGGACGGGCCAUCAAAGAAGUCCUGGCGAGAUGGGCGGGGUGCCCAUCAGAACAUCAUCCCAGCCUCCACAGGGGCUGCCAAGGCUGUUGGAAAAGUCAUCCCAGACCUCAAAGGGAAGCUGACAGGAAUGGCGUUCCGAGUGCCAACCCCAGAUGUAUCUGUAGUGGACCUGACUUGCCGCCUGGCCCAGCCUACCUCGUAUGAGGCCAUCAAAGACGCCAUAAAAGCAGCAGCCAAGGGGCCUAUGGUGGGCAUCCUCGCCUACACUGAGGAUGAGGUCGUUUCCACGGACUUUGUGGGCAACACCCACUCGUCCAUCUUCGACGCUAAGGCUGGCAUCGCGCUCAACGACAACUUUGUGAAGCUAAUUUCCUGGUACGACAACGAAUACGGGUACAGCCACCGGGUGGUGGAUCUCCUCCGCUAUAUGUUCAGCCGCAACAAGUGAAGCAGGAUGGUCCUUCCUCCGCUUCCCCGGGUUCCGGGCCCUGGAACCCUUACCUCCCGUUCCCGCUCUCGCCUCCCUGGGGAAAGGAGGGCGCCCCGCUGUAGAAAUAAAAACACAGAGUGUCACAGGCGCACCCCUGUCUCUGCGCGGGUCACUACGGGG